AUGUCAACACCAAGUAUUCAGCAUCCCAAGUCUGCAGCCACUAUCUUCCUCGACCAACCACCAAGCUGCCUCCAAUUCUGCCCUGCAGCUCCAAAUCACUUCAUCAUAGGCACAUACUUGCUAUCCGAGAACAAGGAUGACGAUGGAACGGUCCACCAGACGAAGACGGGGAGCCUUCAACUGUGGACCAUCGACCCCGUGAAGAAUGAACUUUCUCUCCUGCAGAGAGAACCCCUCCCAUAUGCCGUCUUUGAUCUCCAUUUCCAUCCAAGAGAUCCAAGCAUCCUCGCUAUUGCCACAAGUGCCGCCUCCGUGGCCCUCUUCCGCCUCUCCCCAGAUCCCCAAUUCACCCUCACCCAUCUAUGGACCCUUCCUGUGCACGAGGACCCUUCUAUCCCGGCACUAUUCUUGGCCUGGGCACCAGCGAAAUGGUUCCAACGGGACCAUCAAGACGGCUUCGCCGUGACAUUCUCAGACGGCAGAACAAGCGUCUUUGGCACUCGUCCCGCCCUCACUGCCAACCAGGCAGACCUGUCAGAGCAAUCCAACGUCACCGACCUAGGCGCCUUUGAAGCCACCCAGCAGAUUGAGGUCUGGUUCGUGGCUCUGGCUUCACUCUCAGACCCAUCAGCGGGAAGCAAAAAUGCCAGCCUUCCCUAUAUGUUCACAGGCAACGACUUCGGAUCGCUGCACACCAGGCAGUUUGGCAACGGCGAAGCAUCGGCAGAGGAGGAUCAGGAACUGUUGCCAUCUCUCUUGCUUGACUACGAUGACCGCGCGCGCCAUCACACAGCGGGGGUAACGAGCAUCCUUCCCCUACCUCUUCCGCUUAGCGAGGGCGCUCCGCUGCUGCUUACCGGUAGCUACGAUGAAUAUCUGAGAGUGUAUCACGCCACGCGCCGGGGCCAGGUACUUGCUGAGGUGUGUCUGGGCGGCGGAGUCUGGCGGUUGCAGAUGCUCAAGACUGAGCAGGCCGUAUCUCCGGAGGGCGCCGAGGAGUGGAGGUUUUUGGUGCUUGCGAGUUGUAUGCAUGCUGGGACAAGGGUGGUGAGGGUGACCUGUCAACCAACUGGGGCCGAUGCAGACUCUAGCUGGAACAUUGAUGUUUUGGCCCAGUUUACGGAGCAUGAGAGCAUGAAUUAUGCCUCUGAUGUGUGGAAAGCGGACGGUGGGUAUGAUCUGGAAGGCAGGGAUAUAUCGGAGUUGGUUUGUGUAUCUAGUAGCUUUUACGAUCGAAGAGUGUGCAUAUGGAAGGUGGAUCUAUAG